AACCUGUUUCCGCCACUUUUCCUACCACCUCUCCCUCGUCCCACUCCAAAACCCCUCGACCAGACCCUACAAAUUCAUCAUAGAUUUCAGACGCACAGAUCUCAGAAGGGAAAUCAAUCAUUUGAAUCCGUCGACAUGAGCAAUGAAUACGAUUACCUCUUCAAGCUCCUGUUGAUCGGAGACUCCUCCGUCGGGAAGUCGUGCCUCCUCGUAAGAUUCGCUGAUGAUUCAUAUGUUGAUAGCUACAUCAGCACGAUAGGUGUUGAUUUUAAAAUUCGAACAGUGGAGCUGGAUGGAAAGACGAUCAAGCUGCAGAUUUGGGAUACAGCUGGGCAGGAACGGUUCAGGACCAUAACAAGCAGUUAUUACCGAGGUGCACAUGGGAUCAUUAUUGUUUAUGAUGUUACAGAGGUGGAGAGCUUUAACAAUGUCAAGCAGUGGUUAAGUGAGAUUGAUAGGUAUGCAAAUGACAGCGUAUGCAAGCUUCUUGUUGGAAAUAAAUGUGAUUUGGUUGAGAACAAAGUUGUGGAGACACAGAAGGCAAAGGAAUUUGCAGAUGCACUUGGCAUCCCUUUCCUCGAGACAAGUGCAAAGGAUUCGAUCAAUGUGGAGCAAGCUUUCUUGAUCAUGUCUGCUGAAAUUAAGAAAAGACUGGGCAAUCAACACAGCUCGAGCACAAAGCCUGCAAGCACUGUUCGGAUGAAGGGCCAACCCAUUCAGCAGAAGAGCAACUGUUGCAGUUAGAUGUUGUUUCUGAUAUUGUUUCUGCAAUAUGGGCCAGCCCCAUCUGGAAAGGUAUAAGCAAUAUGCAUGAAAAGGCUAUGUAUUGCAUUCUGCAUUUUAGAAGAUGCUGAAUGGCCAGUGUUAUGUCAAUGGAAUGUAUGAUCUCCCUCCUUUUAGAAAUAUCAAUAUAUAAGCAAUCUUGCCUGGUGUCUAUUUCCCAUAGUUUUUCA